UGAAUACUAAAACAAGUUUGAAAUGCGCUCGUAACUUUUAUGAUGGAGGUAAUUGUAAGUUCCAUUAAAUCGAUAAGUGACAUUGUGCCGGUAAAAUCGAUGGUUUUGAAAAGGGAGCAUAGGACUUCGCAAAAAUCGAGACGCGAUGAGCUUGAAAAUCCGUCUGCUUCGCGUCCUCAUGGCGUCUGCUAGUUUAUUGCCGCUACGCCGUACGGCUUGUAUUGUGGGACCAUUUGUCUCAAAACAACGAUGCCCUCCGGUUCACGAGUAUCUUCCGUUCCUUCUCUUCGCAGUCGCUACCUAUUUGGAUCGAAAAAAUCUGUAAUAUGGGAAUGGAUAGUCCAGCCGCUUUGUUGGAUAUGUUAGCAGAAGUAGCUUCGCAAACUCUGAAUUCCGAAAAGCAUGCAGAGCCAAUGGGAACAAACAAGACUAAGUCAAAGUCAGAAUCGGUCAGACGUAAAGCCCAAGAACUGUCCUUUACGUUACCGCAACUUCUUACAAUGCCGUCUACCCAAUUGGUUAAACAGUUCACCAUUUUUACUAGCGAUGAACUUAAAAGACAAUAUUCGUAUACGUGCAUGCUUAUACCAGAUUGUGGACAAAGAUACACAAGUUUUGCAAGCGAAGGUAGAGCCAGAAUGUCAAUUAAAGCUCAUUUAGCUGAUCACUUAGAGUGCCUAAAGAGAGACAAAGAGGCGUAUUCAACAUUUGUUGCAACUACUAUAAAAUAUCGUAAUUCAAAGACAAGUUUACAGAAAAAAACUAAAGUCCAACAAUUAAAAAAGCCGCAAGAAUUGCCAAACAAGGAAAAUAAAGACGUUAAGUUGGAAAAAUCAGGAACUUAUUUACGAAAAAUUUUGUCAAAUGAAAUAAACAAGACAGAAACUGAAAAAUGUAAUAAAAUAGAAGCAGCUACUAGGAAUAAAGAUUCUUGUACAUCUGAUUCUAAAAGAAUGCAAGAAAUAAAUUUGAAAGUUUUGGGGGAUCACAGUUAUUAUGAGCAAGCAAGGAAACAUUCAACCAUUUUAGUCAAGGACGAGAGUCCUUACGAAAAAGUAAUCGAAAAUUCCAAUGAUAUCACAGUAAAUGGGGUUUGUGAGGAGAAUAUCAUGUUAAUGGUGGUUGAAAGUGACAGUGUUCACAUGCAGGAGGUUCCAUAUAUUGCUCAUAAAUUUACUGAUUACUCUAAUCAACGAGAUCUUACUAGUGGUUAUUUAUCAGAAUCAGCAUCCUGGUCAGAAGAAAUUUAUGCUAAAAAUAUGGAAAUUAUAACUCCAGCUAAACCUAAGGGUAAAGCAAAAUUUAUUGGUACUAGCAAAGAGGAGAGAGAAAUGGCACUAGAAUUAAUGGAACGAAUUAAGAAAAAAGGAAAUCCAAGUGGAGGCAAUCUACAGUGUCGCAUUUGUGAUCCACCUCGGAGUUUCACAGCACCCACGACAUUAGUGUCACAUUAUCGCAGCCAUGCAGGAAUAAAACCCUACGAGUGUCGAAUUUGUAGAGCAGUAUUUACAAGAAGACACAGUCUUAAAUAUCACAUGUUAAUCCACCAAAAUCAGACGCGAUUUACAUGUGCAGAUUGUGAUAAGAAGUUUAGACAUCCGUCACAUUUUAGAGAACACCGACGGCGCCAUACUGGUGAAGCACCCUUUGGAUGCGAUGAUUGUGGUCAGAGGUUUAAAACGCGAAAUACAUAUAAACGACAUCUAAAGACACGUCAUGGGAAAGUACUUACAACAACUGGGGAACUGCUGCAUCUUUCAGAGGAGGACUUUCAGAAAGUACGAACUAAUAAAAGGAGAAGGCCAGAAAAUUCUAUAUCAGAAAAUACAAUUGAUGAAGAUGUAACCGCACCUCAAGCAAUCAUUCAUUUUCAUAAUGACGAAUCUACUAAUUAUGAGCACCUGGAAUCCAAGAUCGGUGAACAAGAUUACAAUGAUGAAGCAAAUGAAAAUGUAAAUCAACAGUACUAUCACAAAUUUGGGAAUAAUAAUGAAUCUCUUGAAAAUAAGACUGAUUAUGAGACUGAGAUAGGUGUAGAAAAUGAUAAUCUUAACUACAUUGAAGGAGACAUAAAAUAUUACAAUGAAACAGAGUUGGAACGGGAUGGGGAAGUAUACAGGACGUCGGUAGGAAUUAAUACAUAUUCGUGUGAAUUGGAAAUAGUACAUGGCGAACAAACUGCAACACAUGACCAAAAUUGUGAUACACACAAAAAUGAUUCCUUGUAUAAUAAAUUGAAUCAAGAAGGAGGCAGUGGUGAAUAUUGCAGUGAAACACAAGAUGAUGAAAAACAGCAAAAAUUAACGGAAUAUGAAGAAGAUGUGAAUUAUUUUGGGGGUGAUCACGAAGUUGCAGAACUCUUAGUUAAGUGCAAUCAAAUACAGCGCCUCGAUGAAAAGUUAGAUGCUGAUGUCCAUGUCUUUGCGAAUACUUCUCAAAGUGAACAAAUUAUUGAAAUAGGAGAUGAUAAUAGCGAUCACGGAGAAAACAGAAAAGAUGUACGUAAAUGUGAAGUUCGUAUGAUUUUACCAGAAAACACAGAUAAUGAGUGUAUUUUUUUAAAAGAUGAUCUAAAGGAGAAAUCUCUUGAAAACGGUCAUAACCAUUUAGUAAGGGAUUCAAAACAAGAAAAUAUUAAUAACCGUUUGGAAAAUUUCGUUUGUGAAACUGAAGAUAUUCCAGCAGAGGAUGUUCAACAAGUUUCAAAUAUUGUGCAUAAAGAGAACUAUAAGAAAAGGGAAGAUGAAGAUGUUAACGUCCCACCCAGUCAAGUAAAAUUUCACUGUGAACAAAAACCAUUUGGUUUACAACUGGUGAAAAAUGGAAAACUUGCUGUAUUCAAACAUGCACAAGCAUUCAGUCUUAUUCAGGAAGGCAAGCAGAAUGCAAUCCUGCUAGUGCCAAAUGAUGAUACAAAAAGCAACUUGUUACGAAUCGAUAGAAAAAACAUCAUCAUUAAUGGCAUUAAAGCCUUGCCUAAUGUCGCGAUUCCACAAAAAUAACGGACAUUUGAUUUUGUCUCAUGUAAGUUUAUUUUAAGUAAUAUAUUGUACUGUAAGACGAUUUAGAUUUUUGAUUCAAGAACAUGAUUACUAAAAUUCUAAAAAUUUGAAUCAAAAGCAUAAUCGCAUACAUACAAAAAUACAUAUUUUUACACUAAAAUACAUUUUCAAUUUGAUUCUAUAUUUUUUCUAUAUUACUUUAUAUUGUAAUUUUCAUAAGUCACUAACCGGAAAUGCGUUAUUAUGUAAUGAUAUUACUACUAACUGUUGGUAACUAAGUUUCUUGCGCAUAAGGAAACGUCACGGCAUAAUCAAAAAUUCAACGUGUUCAGUCACGAAGUAUUUUCUAUUGCCUUUAAUCGUAAGAAAAUACAGAUGAGAAAUAUUAACAUUGUUAAAGUACCUAAACUAUGCCAUUAACAUAUUUCAAUAUUGCUUGUGCAUAAUAUCCACAUUUGUAUAAAGGGGAAUACACGUGGAAUGAAAAUGUCCACGGAUAUUAUGUAUAUCACGCAUGAAGAUGAAAGUUAUUUACCAUUAACUAAAAUAAGUAAAGGACAAAAAAAAUAACGUUUGUUGGGACUUCAAGUCGUAAUUUAGUGCAGACAUCAAAUAUGCAUUUAAUAAUCAUUUUAUGUAGCGUUAUUAUAUGUGAUAAUGAAUAGUUAUUGCAUACUUAUGUUUCAAUCUACUGCACUUGUUUACUAAGAACGCUUUCAUUAUGGAAAUGUAACUGAAUCAGCUCAAAGUGGUCUUCCAGUUCAAAUGAAAAAGAUAUAUUUAGCUUUUAUAUAUUAUAUUUCCACUUUUUCACAUUUUCACAAAUACUCUGUAGCUAUAAUGAAUGAAAUGAAAUUUUAUAUGACGAGAUUUGUGAAAAAAAAAAGGAAAAGUUGAUCAAAUCCGUAUAUGAUUUGUAACAAAAGGAAACUGUUCAGUGUAGUAUAAUGUUUUAUUGUGUUAAGUUGUUUAAAAAUACGGAGCAUAAUGUAUUUACGGGGAUAUAUCACCAGGUUGGCCUAAUUUUUUUAUUCAGCAUUUAAUAAUACAAUUAUUUCAUGAAUGAACAUUUAUAAAAAUAUUGGACAUGAAAAUUCUUUUCAUUCAUGCAACACCACGUCAGUAUUUCAUUAAUUUUGUUUUGUACUCAAUGCAUAAUAUGUAAAUGAAUUCCUUUCUAAGAGAGUACUUAUGAAUGAGAUAUUAAUAACCAUAGAAUCAUACGUUUUUUUAUUCCAUUAAUAAAUCUUAUUGAGCAAAUUAAUUUAUCUUAUAAGAAUAUGAAGCCAUCUUGAAGUAAACUAUAAAGAUCAUUUAUUACAAUGUUAUUACAGAAACUAUUUAAAUUUCAGUGUCUUGAAAUGUUUUAUGUUCAAAAUUUGCAUAAGCCUAAUUACUUGCUUCAAUUUAGUACGAGUUCCGACUCUCGAGAACGAUAAAAUGAUGAAUGAAAGCAUUGAUUUAAUAAAAUAUAAUGCUACAUAUGUGUAAUUCAUUACACAAAUAAAGUGCCAAUAUUUUAGUUUGAGAAAAAAAUGUGCCUUAGUGCUAACGAAGAGCAAUUCCAGGAUAAGAAAUGGAUUGUUUCAAUUAUAAAUACACUAAAUUAAGUAGUAAUAUACAAGUAUAAAUAUUAACGUAAUUAUAUGCGUAAAGCUUAUCACCAAGUAGUAUAUUCAUUAUUUAUAAUGCGUCCCUAGGAGACUAUCUCAAAACAGUGAUUACAUUAUAAAGUCAAAUCAUGUAAUCAUUGGUUGCAUAUUGUAUUUUUAUACAUAUUUUGUACUUAAGUUGAAUAAAUCAUAAAAAGGAAAUGCUGUUAUGCUUUUCUGUGCAAUGUGAA